AGCACUUCCGCGCUGUCCUCGCGCGCGCUUGGAAGAGCUCACCAAGUUUGUUCUGGAGAUGAAUCUCAAGGAGAAAAGACGAAGUCCUCCAAUUAAAGUGCUUUCGAGUCAGCUGAGAGAAGGUAAAGAACAUAUCGGGCCAAAUGGAAAGAUGGUGUGUACCAUGAAUAGACUAGGAGUGGAACCAGGGAGGAGUGCUCCGCUGGAAGUGUCCGUUGCGUGGAUGCAGGGCACCGUAUUGGACGUGAACUCUGAGAACGGGGCGCUGGUGCUGGACGAAACGGGCACUUUCUCCGUCCUAGGAGUGGACAGUGUCCCCAGAGGAAAGACUAGUCUCUCUCCAGGCAGAUAUGUGAUGGUGAUGGGCAUACUUAAGGCCUGUAAUCCUGAGCCAGUUCUUCGUGCUGUGAAGAUAGCAGACCUCUCUGAGAACAUCACCCACAGGAAAAUGUGGAAGUUUGAAGUAGAAGACCUUCAGCAAACACUGGGAUAAUCUUUCUGUGACAUAAGAGAUAUAGCCAAUAAAAUGUUAGUGUUACUUUAUAUCUAAGAUGUUGUUUUCAUUUGGCCUUCAAACUGGGUACAGUGUCCAGUGUAACCUGCAAAUAUAAACUAGUUGUAAAAUAUUAACUAAACAUGUGUAUAAUAUAAGCUAAAUAUGUUUUUCUGUUCUAGCACUGUGUUUGAAUUUAACUUAUUAAUUAUAACAGCUGAAGUUUGUGUUGUGAAUGAAUGAUUUUUUUUUGGAAAUGAAUAAAUUCAUAUUUUUUAAAAUUUUGUAAUAGGUGUUUUAUGUUAAGGUCAAAGUUUGCUGAUCAUUUUAUACCUGCAAGCUCCAUUUCUCCCUGAACACUUCAGUAAGGAGCAUUACACCUCAUGCAGUGCUAUAUUCACCACAUAGCCUAAACAUGGAUAGUUUAGUUUAUAAUAUUUCUAGCAACUUAACUAAGC